AUGUCAAUGCCAUCAACACGCUCCAACCGAGCAUGGAUGGUCUCAUGCUUAUUGAUGAUGAUACUUCUGGCAUGUGUUGUGUUACUUUCAUACACACCAGCGGAAGGUAGAAAAACAAAAACCAUAGUCAUUCAUUUGGAUCAUCAAAACUCUCGAAAUGAAGAGGAUGACAAUGACGAUGAUAACAACACCACACAAUACAUUGCCGUUGCUCGUCGUAAAAGACGUCCUGCUCGUCGUUCCGUUUCAACCAUUGUUGUAAAUGUAGAAAAGAAGAAGAAGAAGAAAAAGCCUCUUCCUCCUCCACCUGCUCCUCGUUUGAAGCCCAUCUAUGUAACGAUCAAUCCUCCAACACAACGAAUUGUGGUACAGACUCCACCACCUCCACCUCCUCCUCCCCCAGCAAAACCAGAGGAACCUAAACCACAACAACCCAUGCAAGUCAAUGUCGAGUUGGAAUUGAAGAUUGAAGGAAGAGGAAGAAGAAGAGGAGGAGCUAACGGUGCAUCUCCUGGAAUCAAUGUGGUACCAAGAAUUCGUGGAGGUGGUGCUUCUGCUGCAGUGAAUGGACCAGCUGAGUCUAAUAACAAUGGCGGUUCUGCAUCAUCGUCCGAUAAUAAUGGUGGUAAUAGUAAUAAUAACAACAACAACAAUGGUGGUGCUUCAUCAUCCUCACCUCAGGAACAAGCUGCUGCCUCUGGUAAUACUCAACCACAACAGCAACAACAAGCAUCAUCCUCACCUCAAGAACAACAAGCAGCUCAGCAACAAACUCCUGAACAAGCUCAACAACCAGCUGAGCAAGCUCAACAACAACCAGCUGAACAAGCUGCUCAAGGCGGAGAGCAACCACAAGGUGGAGAGCAACAACCAGCUGAACAAGCUGCUCAAGGUGGAGGAGAACCAUCUCAGGAAGGUGCUGCAUCCGGUGAUGAUCAAUCUGCUGCUGGCCAAGAUCAAGGAAAAGGUAAGAAGAAAGGUGCUGCAGGUAAGAAGGGUGCCAGAAAGGCAGGUAAGAAGGGCGCAGCUGGUAAGAAAGGUGCUGCUGGCAAGAAGGGAGCUGCUGGAAAGAAGAAGAGAGGUGCACAAGGAGCUGCUGCUGGAAAGAAACAACGACCACAAAGAGGUGCAGCAAGAAAGCCAUCCAGAGCAUCAGCAGCUAGCGGUGGUAAAAAGGUUGCCAAGAGAGGCGGUAGUGGUGGUGCUGUGAGAAAACCAGCUGGAAGAAGCUCAUCUCCACAACGAAGAAGUAGUCCUGCUCGUUCAUCCUCAAGAAGCAGUUCUUCAAGAAGCAGUGCUCCAAGAAGAAGAAAAUAA